AUGAAUAACGAUCAAAUUCGUCCAUCAUUAUCACCACAAGAUUCUGCAGCAAUGCUUGCUCAGUUACAACAAAAAAAUCCACAAAUGUAUGCUCGUCUUCAAGCAAUGCGUUCUGAUAUAACAGAAACAGCAUAUGAGCAUUUAUUGACUGCUGUUGCUGCUUCUACUACUAAUUCAAAUGGACAUGGACAUGGGCAUGGACAUGGACAUGGACAUUCGCAUACUCAUUCUUCGUCGUGUGCACAUUCUAAUUCACAAAUGCAUUUUUCUCAACCUGUACCUGAUGCACCUCCAAAACUAGAUCCUGCAGAAAUGAAUAUUGUUCAAGCUGUACAAUAUAAUGAAAUAGAACGAGUUAAACAAUUGAUUGAAUCAGGCCAAGCUGAUGUGGAUGUACCGGAUAAUGAGGGAUGUUAUUUAAUGCAUUGGGCAUCAAUUAAUAAUCAUGUAGAAUUAGUAAGAUAUUUAAUUGCAAAAGGUGCAAAAGUGGAUACUGUAGGCGGUGAUCUCAAAUCAACACCAUUACAUUGGGCAUGUCGACAAGGUUGUGUCGAAACCUUCUUUCUUCUUGUUGAUAAUGGAGCAGCAAUUGACUCACUUGAUAUAAAUGGUGUUCAACCAAUUCAUCUUGCAGCUCAAUAUGGUCAAAUAAAAAUUCUUGCUUAUUUACUUGGUUCUGGUAUUGAUGUUGAUUGUCAUGAUGGACGAGAUUUUACACCAUUAAUAUAUUCAUGUAUUGGUCCAUCAGCAAAUUAUGUUCCAUUGCCAAAUUCAUCACAUGUUUGUUGUACACAAUUUCUUUUAACAUUUGGUGCAGAUGUUAAUUAUCAAGAACCAACACGUCAAUUUUCUCCAUUACAUUUUUCAAUAAAUAGUCAAAAUUCAAUAAGUUUUGAUGCUCUAUUAAAAAGUCCACGCAUAAAUAUUCAUUUAAAAAAUAAUGAUAAUUUAGAUCCAGCAAUUUGUGCACGUAUUCGACGAAACUUAGAUGCUGCUAGUAUCCUUGAUGACCGUAUAGAAUCAAGUAAAGUAAAUAUAAAACCAAAAUUUUUACAACGUUUUUUUACAAAUGAAUAUAAUCGAAGAUGGUUAACAAGAUUUUUUAUGUUAUUUGUUAUGACAUUAAUUGGUUUAUCAGUUAAUGAAUAUGAAUUUAAUUAUUGGAUACGUAUUAUAUUUCCAAUUGUUAUUAUUUUUGGUUGUGGACAUUUAUUUAAUUAUUUUGUAUUUGAUACCUAUACUAAAGAUAAUUUUGCAUUUUCAUAUGUGCUAUCAUCAACAUUAUUAAAGUAUGUUACUUAUUGGAUUUAUAUACAAGAAAGUAGAUUUACAAUAAUAGAUUUUAUUUAUCAUUUAUCAACACUUUAUGGUCUUUAUUGUGUACAUUGUUGUAAAAAAUUAAAUCCAGGAUUUUUAAAACAACAAACAAUGACUAUUGAUGGAAAUAAUUUAACAAAAGAAAAAAUUUGUAUUGCAUUUGCACGUGAUCCAAGAUGGACAUUAGAUCAUUUUUGUGUUACUUGUCUUAUACGUCGACCAUUAAGAUCAAAACAUUGUCCUGUGGAUAGAACAUGUGUAGUAAAAUUUGAUCAUCAUUGUACUUGGCUUAAUGCAUGCAUUGGUGGUCGAAAUUAUUUUUAUUUUAUUCGUAUAUUAACAUUUGGUACAAUAUCACUUCUUCUAUGGAUGUAUCAAGCAAUUUCUCUUAUUUAUAGUGAUUCUGAAAACCAUACAAUAAAAUAUUUAUUUACAGAAGUUUAUGAUCCUUGGUUUAUUUAUAUAUUAAUAUUAACAUCAUUCAAUACAAUUUGGGUUACAUUAAUGACAACAUUUCAUUUAAUAAAUUCAAUAUGUUUAGGUAUAACAUUAAAUGAACGUUUAAUAAGUUUUCGUUAUAGUUAUUUUCGUGAUGAAAAUACAGGAAAAUUUACAAAUCCAUUUCGAAAGCAAUUAUUUAAAAAUUUUCUUGAAACAUUUGGUUUAUUUCGUUUAAUGUCAUUAUUUCGUUAUACUCGUAUUGAUUGGUCACAAAUUUAUGAUAUUAACCAAAUUAGUGGAACAAAAAUUAAUUAA